AUGCGUAUGACGCGUGCCAAGGCAGCCGCGUUGAGCGUUGAUGAGCUGGCCGUUGCAGGAAAGGUCACCAAGAAGACCACCGUCACCACCAACGCGGUAGCAGGUGCACGCAAGCGCAAUGCUCUCGGCGAUGUGAGCAACGUCAACAAGGCCGACGGCGUCGAGGGAAAGAAGGCUGCCGGCAAGGUCGGCCUCGUUUCGAAGGCUGCCCAACCUACCGGUGUCACCAAAAACCAGUCCCGAACCACGUCGACCAGAUCUGCGCUGCAGCCCAAGGAGCCCAACAAGAAGAACGAGCCCAAGCGCGCCCCGGGUUCCGGUGUCGUCAAGCGCACGAGAGACAAGAAUGCACCGGUUCCUUCCGGUGAUGUUGAGACUGACGAUGGCGAGCCCCGGCGCAAGAGAAUCCACUCCACUCAGUCCGAGAAAGAGAAACCGAAAGCCAGAAAGGAGCCUGUCGAGAAGAAGCCUGAGCCUGCCGAUGUUCCUGUUAAGGAUUCUGUCGACACGACGCCCGCCGAGCCCGGGUACCCUCCAGGUGUCAAGAACCUCGACGAGGAAGAUUUGGACGAUCCCUUGAUGGUAGCCGAGUAUGCCAACGAAAUCUUCGAAUACCUUCGUGACCUGGAGUGUAGCUCCAUUCCCAACCCCAACUACAUGGAGCAUCAAGACGAUUUGGAGUGGAAGACGCGUGGAAUUCUUGUCGACUGGUUGAUUGAGGUUCACACUCGUUUCCACCUCCUCCCCGAGACUCUCUUCCUGGCUAUCAACAUCAUUGAUCGAUUCCUUUCCGAGAAGGUCGUUCAGCUCGACCGUCUGCAGCUUGUCGGCAUCACAGCCAUGUUCAUUGCCUCCAAGUACGAGGAGGUCUUGUCGCCUCACGUCGCCAACUUUCGCCAUGUUGCCGACGAUGGUUUCAGCGAGGCUGAGAUUCUAAGUGCUGAGCGCUUUGUUCUUGGUACCCUGAACUACGAUCUCAGCUACCCCAACCCCAUGAACUUCCUUCGUCGCAUCAGCAAGGCUGAUAACUACGACAUCCAGUGCCGUACCAUUGGGAAGUAUCUUAUGGAGAUCAGCCUUCUGGAUCAUCGAUUCAUGGCUUACCGCCCCAGUCACGUUGCGGCCGGUGCUAUGUACCUAGCCCGCCUCAUUCUCGACCGCGGUGAUUGGGAUGACACCAUUGCGUUCUAUGCCGGCUACAACGAGGAGGAAAUUGAACCCGUUGUCCGCCUCAUGGUUGAUUACCUGGCUCGCCCAGUUGUCCACGAAGCCUUCUUCAAGAAAUACGCCAGCAAAAAAUUUCUCAAGGCUUCGAUCCUCACGCGUCAAUGGGCUAAGAAGAGCGCUCCUCACUUUGGCAUAGUCGAUCCUCAUCUCUCCUUGGACCAGAUUUCCGCCAGAGAUGAGGACUACCCUGAAGACGACAACUACUAG